AUGUCCGGGGAAGCUACCAUCAGACUGGCAAAUCCCGAGGAUGUUCCUUACAUCCUCCAAUUCAUCCGGGAGCUAGCCGACUACGAAAAGGCCCUCCAUGAGGUCGAAGCCACGGAAGAAUCCCUCCUAGCCACGCUCUCCUUCCCCAAUGACACCCCCAAGCGAGGCUCCGUCUACACAGCCCUCGUUAUCCCUCCCGCCACAGCAGAGAACCCAUCUCCGGUACCCGUUGGCAUGGCCCUGUUCUUCUACAACUACUCGACAUGGCGUUCGGCUCCGGGAAUCUACCUCGAGGAUCUCUACGUCCAGCCUAGCGCCCGAGGCAACGGGUACGGAUUCAAGCUUUUGAAGUACCUGGCUGCCAAGGUACUGGAAGUGAAGGGUCGCCGUUUAGAGUGGAGUGUCCUCAAGUGGAAUGAGCCGAGCAUCAAGUUCUACAAGCAGGUUGGGGCUCAGGCUAUGGAGGAGUGGAUGAAGAUGAUGGUCGAGGGGCCGGCGCUGAAUAAGUUGGCGGAGGAACUGUAG